UUGUUAGCAAGCAUGCUGCAUCAGAGGAAACCGAGAUAAAACAUUAGAAAUAAGCAAAAAGCUGCUCUGUUGACAAAUUACAACAAAAACUGAAGAUAAAAAGGAAAAUUAUAAACGCCUUAGGCACUAUUUUUAAGGCUUGAUUCAUCGAGCAAAAUACUUCAGGAAAAAAAAUAAUGAAUAGCCGACUUAGUCUCGUGUUGUACUUUGCGCUGACUCUCACCAUUCAUUUCACAACUUCUACCGUUGAUCUCUGCUCUUCCCAAAUAGGAUUGUCAGGUACAUGCUCUCAAGAUUCCGACUGCAUUCAUGGCUUCUGUAUUCUACCGGAGGGCAGCUGCAACUGCUCAGCCGAGAGCCGAUUCACUCUCGACUCCUCAACUCAAUUGUGCGAGUUGGACAUUGACGAAUGUGCAUGUGAGUUACACGACUGUGACCUGGAUAAUGGUGCUUUGUGCGUGAACAACAAUGGUUCAUUCACUUGCGAAUGUGUCAGUGGAUUUAGAAAGAUAAACGAAUCAUACUGCGAAGAUGUGGUGGAGUGUGAGGAAGACUCGUCCUUGUGUAUGCAUGGAUUCUGCCACAACCACAGAGGCGGUUACGAGUGCAGCUGUCGCAGCGGCAUGGGAUACGAACCAAACGAAGACAAGUCAAUGUGCAUAGACAUAGAUGAAUGCGCUACUCAGUGCAAGGAACACAGCCUUUGUGAGAAUUACGAAGGGGGCUUCAAUUGUAGCUGUGAGCACGGGUACUACAAAGCAAUUCCUCAAAUGCCGGUCUGUUGGAAAGUGAACUACUGCACACAGAAGUACAACGCAGAUGGCGAACUCGAGACACUGAAUAAUGACCCCUGUGUUGGGCGGGAGAACAAGCAAUGUGUUGACCACGAAGACUUUUAUGCUUGUGAAUGUCUGGACCAAUACAUCCCAUUUGAUCUCCAUCACCACACCGGAUGUGUUUCAGUGAACUCUAACUUGACAUUCGCUUGUGUCGACACUGCAGAGGUAAACCAGUUUGAACUGGACUGCUCCUGUGAUUUGGCUGGACUGGACGGAGUCACAGAUAUGGAAUGUCACUCAAGCAGCGAGCCUUCUGCCUGCAAUGCAAAAGAAGAGGGAAGCACAUGCACAGAAGAAACAAAAACAAAUUGUUCUGUUGCAAAAUGGUCGUCGAGUGAAGACAACCCUUUCGGAUUGAGAGACGAGUUUACGUGUGAUUGCCAACGAAAGAUAUCACCAGUUGAGCAGACAGCACAAAACAUGAUCACACUUAAUUGUUUUUCCGAUAGCUUCAACGGCAUCGCAGGAGACAGUGUUUUGAUGGAGAUCAAUAUUACUGUAGGAUAUCUAAGUGGAAGCUCUGUGGCACCUGAUAGCUUCAUUCCAGAGCCCAACAGCAACAACAACCAGGGAGGACUGGGGAAUUCAGUGGCUGUGAAGUGUCCAGCAUUUGCUGUUUUAGCAAUUGGUUUUGAAAUUUAUGCAAUGCGAAAUCUAGCGAACUGUAUUUAAUUUAAGAAUAGUUUGCAUCUACCCAAAAUUAUGUAAAGUUGAAUUUUCAAGUAUUCUUUUGGUGCGCAUUUUUCCUCGAAACAAUAUAUCUACAGAAAAAUUUGAUUGCGAUUUAUUUUGAAUCAUAAGAACAAAAUCCUCAUCUAAAAAGUGUAUUUUUGGACCUCACAAAAACUUUUGACCGAGAAGAGUGUUUAGUCAAGAAAAAAUGUAUCUUCGGUCGGUUAACCGAUAUGUGAGCUAAAUACAAU